AAACAGGUCUCGGAGGGGAAGGUCGUGUCGCUCGCAUUUCUGUUGUCGCCAUAAAAAGACUUUGGAAGGAAGAUAUCGUGUUGCGGUGGUGGUAAGAGCACGCACUCUGUAUCAACCACCACUACUUUGUCGCAACGACUCCCAUUUCAUAACACCAAUCUCAUCAACCAAUGUCACAGUGGAGCAGUUCUGGGGCUGACUGAUUUUCACAACAACUGCUCAUAAGUGCAGGGUCAAAACUAUUUUGUGACACUGACUCGCCUUGGUUUUAUUACUUUACAUUGUUACAUAAUAUCAGUAAGCAAUUUAUUAAAGCGUGCAACAUUUUGGUGAAAAUUUUAAAAAAAGUUGACUUAUCUAUCAACUUGUUUUUUCGUGAACAUAUCGUUUGAAAAACGGUUCUUGCAAAAAGGAGUGAAAUUGAUUUGAAAAAAAUUAAUUUGUUGACGUUAAAUAUUUAAUCGGUGUUGUGGUGAAAGUAAAAAAAAACUUGACAAGGAUCUCAUCUUAAUCGGAUCUAAUAUACAAGAUCCUUCAUCAUCUUCGCCUCAAGAUCAAUUAAUCAAAGAGUCAACAAACGAACAAACAAACUCACCACCACUUUGCCCCGAGUUGAAGUGCUAUUCAGCCAUAAUAAGCUCAUAAGUCCCUGAAGCUGGGAUAAACAGUGGAAGGAGAAAAACACAUCAUAUUGUGAAAUCUGGUGGUCGUGUUCUUCAUACAAAAGUUGUAGGUUAUAUGAACAUACGGAAAAAUCUACUCUGUAUCUAUCUAGCCAUUCUUCUAAAGGACAUCCAAUAAUUCAAUCGCCAUCUCAAUCGCCACCGCCGCCGCCGCCAACACCACACGAGCAGAACCAGAAGCUCGACAGUAAUAACAAUAAUAAUACAAGUGCCUGCAUACAACUAUUAUUGGACAAAGGGCGAGAGGAGACUGGAGUGUUACAUCUGUAUCUCAGCCAGAAGGAGCAGUGUCGGUCCGUGUGUAUCCAUUCCACAUCAACAACCAUCCACCGCAACCAGGAGCAUCUUGCUGUAGGCACAAUUGCUUCUUCUUCUCGCGUCGACUAAUAAGUCCAGCAGCAGCGGAGGCAGUUUGGGAAACUUUCCCCGGAGAUUUUCCUCUCAGAGCUUUCCUGGUGUUGGAUUGGACCAGGAUCAACAGCACUCUGGGAAUAGUGCCACUAAUUGUAAUCAGAUCAACAUGUCUAGUGUGUCUAGUGGAGUGUCCUCUUCCUCCAUUUUCGGGGGACUGUGUUCCGGCAAUAGUCGAAGACCCUCAAUGUUCACAGCCAAGUAUCGCAUGAGGGAGGAACGAAAAAAGGUGCUGAAGAUGUCGAUGGGCAAAGUGAAACGGAUCGAGGACCCCGAAAGUUUUCUGAGAAGAUCGGUCUUGAUCAAUAACACGAUAAAGAUUCUCCAGAAAGAAGUUCGUGAUGAGAAGAUGAUGCGUCAUGGGGGCAGCUACGCGUCCAAGUCCUCCUCGUACAGGAAAAGUUUCGCUUGCUCCCGACUCAACGAAAUGCAUCUCUCCGUCGUGGAUGAACCAGACACGGAAGAGCACUCAAGUCUACUUAUGGACACUGACGAUGACGCCUCCCGCUCAUCCCCACUGGACAAUCUUGUCAUCAGUAAGGACCACCACAACACCCCCUCCUUGCUGAACUCCAGAAAACGAUCCUUGAACCAAGAUGACUCUGAAGAAGACUGUGAUGUACAAGAUGUGCUCAGUCAGAUCUACGUUCCCCCCACGCCUUGUAUCAUUUCUAGCAUUGAUGAGGACGAAGCCAUGCUUUCCGGAGUAAAUAAUCCUACCCCAUCCACCUCCGCACAAGCAGCUCGAAGUAUUUGCAGCAGCAGCAGUAGCAGCAGCAGUAGUAUCAACAAUUGCAUCGGUGUAGUUGACCCAUUGGAAGGGCUCACUUCCUGUGAACCUCCUCGGAAAAAGUGUAGGCUGGAUGGAGAUGAUGAGGACGAAGAAGACGGCGAGGAUGAGGAUGAAGAGGUGGAUGCCACUUCUUUUCUCGGUGCCGUGAGUCAAGAUUGUUCCUUGGAUGAUGACGUUGACGUGGAUGUCGACGUUGUGGGCGAUAGCGAGUUAAGUGACUGGCCCACUCCUCCUGCCCCGAUUAUACCACCACCUACGUCACUUUUACUCUCCUGCUCGGAUGGCAUAAUUCCCAGUUCCAGCAUGAUGAUGCUUUCUCCAUCCGUGACGUCACCCUUGUCAAUGUCGUCACUCCUCUCUUUCUCCUCCACGGCUUCACUCCACUCUGAUUCACUGUGUUCCUCCUCAAUUUCAUCCCUCAACUGUGAUCGGAGCAGUAUUUUAAACACGUCCCCUUAUGCAACAGGCUUGGGUCGUGUAACUCACCUGCUGAGUGAUAAUGCCUGCUCCGACUUUCCUCUCAUGGUCGACAUUCCUCCAGCAACAAGAGACUCCUCCGACAGUUGUCCCUCGCCAUCGCUGACCGUGUCAACUUCCUCCUCCUUGUCUCCCACCAUCAUGUCACCCUCUGCCAUGUGCAAUGGACUAAUGAGCCCACUCGUCCUUCCUUGCGCCCCCACAGGACUCUCAUUGCCCCUGCUUUCACCCACCACCAUGUCAAUCACCAGCCCACCGCAACACCACUGCUCCAGCUCCUCGGAAGAGUCAAACUCUGGGGACGAUGAAGACAUGCUACUUUCAUCAUCGGAAACCAAGGAGAACUGUUCGCUCCAUCUCUCACUCCCAUUGUCCGGACUUCAUUCUCCUCUCGUUGACCACAACUCCAGGUCGUCCAACAGUGGUGGUGACAUAUCGGCCAGCAAUGGUGGUGGUUAUGUUAAUGGUAUCAACGUAAACGCGUCAUCCAUCAAUGGUAACAACGCUGUCAUUAAUAAUAAUAGUAAUAUUAACUCAUCAUCAUCAUCAACGGGCAACGUCAACUCUUCUUCCGAGAUGGAAAAGAACCAACAGUACUCAUCAUGUGGACACUCUUCAAUAUUUGGAGAAUUACAGUCUGUUGUGUUUCAUAGUCUUAUUGCAUCACUGGAAACGUAGCAAGUAGGUUAUGAGCAAACCACGUUUUUUGAACAUUGAAACUGUACAAAAUGUCGAUCGGUAACGAAAGAAAAAAAUAGGUUGCAUUCAAGUAUCAUAGGUUUUGCUAUUUAUCAAUAUAGAUAUGUAAAUAUGAUGUCUAUAUGUAUGGUCGCAACUCCUCUAGACUCCAGUCUAACUUAACUUGGACAAGUGGUGUAACGAUUUGACCGACUUAGAAUCAGCACAACUAACCAACAAAUUGUUGCGUAGAAAGUCUACCGUGUAUUAAAUGGUUGAUAUUUGAAACUUUUGCGGUCAUUUUCUUGCUACCACAAGUCUGUCACCUUCCUGCCUGCUACAAUUAUUAUUAGACCAUAGUCUGAAAAAAAACCGGAAAGAAUGGGAAAUAGUAAGUCCCACUUAAUAAGUAAGAACAACCUGUUAUUGUAUUUGUAACAUAUGUGUGCUAGCUAUUCAAUUAUCGAACUUCGUCUGUUCGCUCCUCGUUAUAAAUACAUACUUAUAUCUCGUUCGUUAUCGUCGUCGUCAUACAUAUUACUAGUAAUCUACUUGUUCAUAUUGUGGUUGUCGAAGUUUGUGAUAGUUUAAUUUAAUAGAGUAACCUUAAAGAUAUGUCGUUAGUUAUGCUAAUCGUAUACACUUAAUCGUAGGUCAAGUCGAUAUCGGUUUUCAGAGUUUAAAUGCCCAUAUACACACACAACACAGAUCUUGAUUUAUGCGUAUCCUUAUUUCGUUCCUCUCAAGUUCAGUUAUUCUCAUAAUAAGACUAUUAAUACAUAUAUUUAAAAAACCACAAGAAUCGAAUUCGUCAUCAAAUUGAUAAUACCAGGAUUUCUCAUUAUUCAACAAAACCAUAAAGUUCAUGGACCACAAUAGUUUGUUAAUUUUUGGCCCAUUAAAUUUUCACCUCUAUAAAACUCUUAACUGCCAAAAGUACCAUACCAAAUUGGCCGGUGGUCAUUCAAUCAGCCGUUCGCACUCAUUAUCAUCAUCUUAUCAUCAUCAUCUCUUGUAAAUUAGUGUGUAUGUUAUUUAGUACAACGCGAAAGGAAACCAAUUUGGUAGCAAGAUUUUUAGUGAAAGACGAGUAAUAUACAUAUUAUUACAUACCUGCAGCUGUUAGUCCUUGAACAGUUUUAUGAAUAUUUGGAUAAUGUAUAAAUUCGCGUGAGAGGUAGCUCUUGACUUGAUUGCGACCGAUCGAAUAACGCCAGAUGUGCAUUUCCCACUGUUAAUAGUAUUGAUAUAUUGAAUGUAUUAGGUGAGACUGUUGUGCAAACCUUACUUGUGUAGCAGUGUGUGCUUUGUCUCCUGCAAAUAACAUAAGUAAGUUUGGAUCACAAGUACUAAAUACAUAUACAUACGGCUAAAUAGGUAGGUGUAGAAUUGUACCACAUGAGGAAACUGCUUAAAAUAAUUUACUAAGGUCAUAAGAUAGCUCACUACAUUAUAAAAUUAUUAUUAUUAUUAUUAUGCUAUGUGGAUAGCAGUGCCGGAUAAAAUGACGCAUACAUAAAGUGACCCUCUACAUACAUAAGUACAUAUAGUUGAGAGUGAUGCUAUUACGAUAAGAAUGUAGAAAUUUGCAUAAGUCUUGUAACCAUCGUUCUGUACUCAUAAUUAAUAAUAAAAAGUAUCACCAACUGAGUCUAGGCAGUGGUAAUAAUGAUAGUUCUACAUACGAGCAAAGUAUAAAUAUACAACUCAAGAGGCAACGCCAAUGAUGCCAAUGUAAUUAGUAGGUGGUAAUGAAUCAAGAGUUAGAUGCAUUGCAGGAAAUGAGAUGCAACUAUCGACGACUCAGAUCACUAGUGAUGUCGCCUCUUCUAUCCACCUUAACCCAUACUAAGCAGUAAGUUAAGGAUAAAUCUGUGGGUACGUACAUACAUAUGCAGGUUAGUUUUAUGGUGAUACCUUUAGUGAUAAUGAGAUAACGAUGCCUAAAUUAUUAUUUAUAGUUCCAAAGGUCGAAUCAGAGAUAUCUGAUGAUUCCUCAUUAACGUACGGCUAUUACAGACAGAUAUAUGUUCAUCGUUAUUGUAGACAAUUUACUAAUAAUUCAUCACAGCACAUGGAUGAUUGAUUUCAAAGACUUCAUCUCUCGGGUGGUUCUUGUGUGAAAUGAGACUAGACUUUUUUUCAAACUUGACGGAACUGGGGAAUAUAAAAUGUCGGAUAAAACUAUGGACUAAACAAAACGUACACACCGUAAUUAAUAUUAUCACGCACACUAGAUUAUCCACGUUUAUCUUUAAAUGCUUCAAUAAAUGACACACAUAUAUACACACACAUACAAUGUGUAAAGGACAGUGUUAAACAUGGUACAAAUACGAUUCAAGUAGACAAGUCCUUUCAAACCUUUAUCUAUCCCCAGCAAACACUAAUUCAUUCAUUUUCUAUAGACUUUUCCUUUCCGUUACCAUAUAAUAAUGUUAUUGUCCUCGUUAUAUGAACUGAUUUGGUGAUGAUUGAUAUAGGGCUUUGAGUUGUUGAUCCCAACAGAACUGAAAUUAAUCGAGCUAUUUAUUCCUGUGUUGGAAUUCAUUCUCUGUCUCACCACAACAUUAAUUAAUAAUAUUUUAUAUUAACGCGUACGAGAUUUUCUUUCCCCUGCUUAUCCACUAAAUAAAUACAUGUAUGUAUGCAGUACUGUCUGACUAUGUAGCAAAUGCUGCUGCGAAAGAAAAAACAGGAACAAGUAGAACUCAUAUAUUCACUCUUGCCUAUUAGAAAACGCUUGUUAUUAGUCGCAAGUGUUGCCACACUCAGAUAUAAACCAUGCCUUACCUUACCUUUCCUGAUGAAAUAGCUUCACUUUUUUGGAACAAGUUCAAAAGUCAAUGUCGUAUAGGAGAUAAAUUUGUUAUUCGUGAUGGGAAGCAUGCAUAUGUACGAGUCAUAUAAAUAUAUAGCUAACAGGCUUUCCGGUUUAUGUUUCCCUUUAAUUGCUAUCACUGUAACUGUCCAAUGAGCAGCGUUCUUAAGACAGCCAUCAUCAACUUACAUACAUAUUGGAUAUCGGUAGACACAAACAUAUACAUGCGUACAUACAUACACAAGAUGAGUUUCAGACUCAUCAAGACUACAAUGCUGGACAAGGGUACAUUUAUUUAUUACAUAGAAAGGACCAUUCAUGAUAAUUUACAGUUGAAAUUGACCAACAGAUUGUGUAUGUACUUGGCUUGAAUGAUGUUACGUACUCCUCAAUUCAUACCUUAUUAGAAAUAUAUGUACUACAUGGAAAAUGCAAAUAGUUUAAAGUUCAUAAUAUACACGAGAUUUACAGUCCGAAAAGCUAAAAAACAUUACAGUCAUCCAUUAAUUUCAACGUAUAAUGUAUUCUAGUGACUUGAUAAUAACCAUUCAGCUACAUAUAACGAGUGAAUAUAACGCGUGGUGGGUGCAUGUUUUUGUUGGCCACUAAUUACCAACUUCCUCAUCGGUUACCUAACUUUGCCGCAACUAAAUAAUAAAUAUAUGCUGUCACCCAACUACUAUAUUAAUUAAUUAAUUAAUUAAUUAAAUAUAUAAAUACCGAUAUCGAAUCAAUACUUGACUUACGAUUAGUUUAAUUUUUUGUUAUCAUCAUAUCCAUACAGUUUCACACUUAAUAAUAUUUAAGGAUCAUCAUAAUUUAAGACAUAAUAUAAAAUUAUAAUAAGAAGAUGAAUAUUAUUAUUCUCUUUUGUUUUGCAAAAAAAAUAUUAAUCGUGACCAUAAAAGUCUGUUUGUUUUCUAUAAAGUCCUUUCAACAUAAAUAUUUGUUGUAUAUGUGAUCAAGUUUUCAAACUCAAAUGGAAAUGUGCAUUUGUGUACUUUUUGUUUUAUUUUUCAAAUCUAUGUAAUCUAGAUUGGUACUACUUUACGGUAGAAACUUGAUUAUAACUUAACCCCGAAUUUCUUUCAGAAUCCUGUGCACGUCGUUAGUUAAUUGGCACAGUGGUCGCAAACGAUGCCUAUAUUGGUUCGGAUAUAUUUUAUGUGCAUACAUACAUAUGUUAUAUUUAUUGUAGCAAAUAAACUGCUUAGAACUUUAGAGAUUACUUAUACGCUGUACAACUGCAAUUAAGUUAAGAAAACUUUGUAAAAUGAAAUGACGGCAUUCGUGGAAGCAUGAACAAAAAUGUCACUCCGAGUAGCACGAUGAAUGUACACAUACAGGUCGCAUGGAAAGUUGUACGAUACUAACAUUUAAUCAAAGGAGAUAAAACAUCAAAACCAAACAGAAAAUUAAUCAAUAUACUGUUAGUUCAAUAUGAAGUAUGUAAUGUUAUACAUAACUCGAUGAUGGUUAUUAUAUGAUACGUUACAAAUACGAAUAAAAUGAAAAAUAUCAAAA